GAAGGCGACGCGGCAAGUGGUGGACGCGUGGUUGGUGUCGCACGCGACGCCGCCGAGCGCCGAGCUCGCGUCGCCGUCGCGCGCCGGCUCCGGCUCAGGGGCGACCACACCUGUCAGGAAGAUCUCAGCUCACGAAUUCGAGCGAGGAGGUCUACUGAAGCCGUUGGUGACGACGGUAGACGGCACACCCACCUUCCUUGGAGACCAGCCGCCGCACGCGACACCCUCGCGGCCGCAGCGGAGGUCGCGCCACGAGCUGAGGCAGCUCGACGAGAAGGAACUUAUAUUUGAAUUAGUUAAAGACAUCUGCAAUGAGUUGGAAGUACGGGUACUGUGUCACAAGAUCCUGCAGAAUGUCUCAAUAUUAUUGGAUGCUGACCGGGGGUCGUUGUUCCUGGUGCAAGGAGAGAGGGCCUCACCAAACCCUCAGAACGGCAGGUGUUUGGUGUCGAAAUUGUUCGACGUGUGCUCGAAGUCCACGCCGGAGCAGAUGGAACAGCUCGAAGAGAUCAGGAUACCGUGGGGUAGCGGCAUCGUCGGCUACGUGGCUGAGAGUGGAGAACCUGUCAAUAUACCUGAUGCGUAUAAGGACGAGAGGUUUAACCACGACAUUGACCAACAGACGGGUUACAAAACGAGGUCACUUCUCUGCAUGCCCAUUAAGGACAUUAAUGGAGAGGUUAUUGGUGUUGCCCAGGUUAUAAACAAACAAAGCGACGGACCUUUCACGGUCAACGACGAGAAAGUGUUCGCUUCAUAUCUCCAAUUCUGCGGCAUCGGGCUGCGGAAUGCCCAGCUCUACGAGAGAUCGCAGUUGGAGGUCAAGAGGAAUCAGGUCCUGUUGGACCUCGCCAGGAUGGUGUUCGAAGAACAGAGCACGAUCGAGCACAUGGUGCUGAGGAUACUAACCCACACGCAGAGCUUGAUUCGAUGCCAGCGGGUACAGGUAUGUGAGAUUAUUUUGUAUAAUGUAAAUGUAGCUCAGCCCGGAGCUUUAUAAACGUUCCCUUGAAUGUAGUUUCUUUUAGCGUAUCGUAGGUAAUUUU